AUCCAGCCGGCUGGGACCGCCUCACGGUGGAGUAAUGUCUGGCUGUCAACAGAUCUCUCUCAGGGGCCUGCCAGUAGGUAUAUGAGAGAGCGAUGUCUUCCAUCAAGUAAUCAUCAGAUUGUCCCACGGUCUCUGCAUUCCUUCACCUCAACGACAAGAAACAUCAAACGGUCACGAUGCGAUUCUCCGCCCCUGUUGCCCUGGCACUCAGCGGUCUUGCCGCUGCCGGGCCCCUCCCCGCUGACUAUGAGGCCAUGAACCUCAUCCACCGACAGACGCAGACUCUCCACGCCGCGAUGAAGGCCGCCGGCCGCGAAUACAUCGGCACCUCGCUCACGCUCCGCAACGACAACACGGAGCAGAACAUCAUCCGGAAUGAAUUCGGCUCCAUCACGCCCGAGAAUGCCAUGAAGUGGGAGGCGACUGAGCCCAGCCGCGGCCAGUUCACCUUCACCUCGGCAGACCAGCACAUCAGUUGGGCGCAGCAGAACAACAAGCACGUGCGCUGCCACACGCUUGUCUGGCACUCGCAGCUGCCCAGCUGGGUGUCCAACAGCAACUUCGACAACGCGACGCUGAUCGAGGUCAUGACGAACCACAUCAACCAGGUCAUGGGCCGGUACAAGGGCAGGUGCAAUCACUGGGAUGUGGUCAACGAGGCGCUGAAUGAGGACGGCACCUACCGUGACAGCGUCUUCCUCCGCGUUAUUGGUGAGGCCUACAUUCCCAUUGCCUUCCGCCUCGCCGCCGCCGCCGAUCCCGCGGCCAAGCUGUACUACAACGACUACAAUCUCGAGUACCUUGGCCCCAAGCUCGAGGGCGCCGUGCGCAUCGUGAAGCUCCUCCAGCAGUACGGCGUCCGCAUCGACGGCGUCGGCUACCAGGCCCACCUGACCACCGAGGUCACGCCGACCAAUUCGGUCCCCGUCCCGUCCGAGAAGGAUCUCACCAAGGCCCUCAAGAGGACGGCCGACCUCGGCGUCGACGUCGCCUACACCGAGCUCGAUAUCCGCAUGAACACGCCUGCCGACGCGCAGAAGCAGCAGGUCCUGGCCGAUGCCUACGCCCGCGUAGGCCGGUCCUGCUUGAAUGUCAAGCGCUGUGUGGGCAUCACCAUCUGGGGCGUAUCGGACCGGUAUUCGUGGAUCCCGGGUACCUUCCGCGGCGAGGGCGAGGCGCUGCUCUGGGACGGCAACUUUCAGAAGAAGCCUGCCUACAACGCCUUCCUCGAGGCCAUCUCCACCGCCCCGCCCCGCGGCUGUCAUAAGGAGUAAAAAAAUAGGACCGUGGUGUACCGUCGGUUCCUCUAACGGCGGGGCGAUUUCAAGUAGAACUGGUUUACGGGGGAUGAUUGGGGAUCGUCUUCGCUGAACUUGCCACUGUUCCAGAAGGAAAUAUAUAUUGACGUACCUGUACAUACCGAUCAACCAUGUCUCGGCUGCGGCAGUCAGAUGGCCGACCCGCGCUUUCCUCUCCUUGUCGUCUUGGAUGCGCAGCUUGUCGUUGUCGUGGGCAGGAGGAGGCCAGACUGGUGAUCCCGUCGAAUAUGAGGGACCUCGACUUCAGCCUCUCGGUGAGUGAUGUGGGCCAGUAACAAUAUACUGUCCUAGGGUUCGUAGAAGGGGUCUCCCUCGUCCACCUUGGGGGCGGAAAAGCCGCGAUAUGCUUGCCUGGCACGUCGAGGACUGCGAAAUUCACGCUUUUUUGGCGAUAGGUGUAGACGCAAUGUG